UCCGUUUCCGAUUAACGUUGUUAUGCCGUCGCACCGGAGAGUUUGUAGUGAAGUAAAUUGGAAAUUAUUUGUUUUGGUUUAAUAUUCAAUUGUUGUCAAGAGAGAACACAGCCGGCGUCUGCAGAGAAGUUCGGCAAUUUGGCAUAAUCCAUCUUUAUUUGAAAGAAGGAAAACCACGUUACUUUCUCUUGGCUCUCGAGCUAGCUAGCUAACUUGGCUAGGGGCCAUGUCACUCCCGAGGCGGGAUGUGGAGGAGCUCAGGCCUUGGGUGGAGCGCACAGUGAAGAAGGUGCUGGGCUUCUCCGAGCCCACCGUCGUCACGGCGGCGCUGCACUGCCUGGGCAAGGGCCUGGAUAAGAGGAAGACCACAGACCAGCUGCGGCCGUUCCUGGACGACUCGGCCGGCGGGUUUGUGGAGCGUCUGUUCGAGGCCCUGGAGGAGGGCCGCAGCGCCCGCGGCGGCAGGACCGACGGCGAGAAGAACCGCAAGCGGGAGCUGAAGGAUGUGUUCGGAGACGACCCGGACCCCGGGCGGGAGGUGCCCCCAGCCCCCGAGGCGGUGCUGAAGAAGCGUACGCCCCGCUUCGAGGAGGUGGAGGAGGUGGAGGUGCUCCCGGGACCUCCGGCAGAGAGCCCGGGCAUGCUCACCAAGAUGCAGAUCAAACAGAUGAUGGAGGCUGCCACGCGGCAGAUCGAGGAGAGGAAGAAGCAGCUCAGCUUCACGGCCCCGGCGCCGGUCCCCCCAAGGAUGACUCCCCACUCUGCCCCCUCUAUGGAGGCCCUGCCCUCUCUCCUCCUCUCCUCCUCCCGGCCCUCCCCCCAGUCUCAGUCCAUCGGCCCGUCCCAGGCCGCCACCUUCAUGAACGACGCCAUCGAGAAGGCCCGCAAGGCGGCCGAGCUCCAGGCCCGGAUCCAGUCCCAGCUGGCCCAGCGGCCUGCCACCCUGGGACCCGUGCUGGGCGGAGCCCACAACCUGGUCGCCCUCGCCAACCUGCACGCCAUGGGCAUCGCCCCCCCGAGGGUUGAAGCUCGGGAGGUGACGAAGCCGACUCCUCUGAUCCUGGAUGAACUCGGCCGCACUGUCGACGCCGCCGGCAAGGAGGUGGAGCUCACUCACCGCAUGCCCACCCUGAAAGCCAACAUCCGGGCGGUGAAGAGGGAGCAGUUCCGGCAGCAGCUGAAGGAGCGGCCGGGGGAGGACCUGGAGUCCACCUCCUACUUCGACCAGCGCGUCAACAUCGCGCCCCCCCAGCGCCCCCGCAAGGGCUUCAAGUUCCACGAGCAGGGCCGCUUCGAGAAGAUCGCCCAGCGCAUCCGCACCAAGGCUCAGCUGGAGAGGCUCCAGAUGGAGAUCGCUCAGGCCGCCAAGAAGACGGGGAUCCAGGCCUCCACCAAGCUGGCCCUCAUCGCCCCGAAACAGGAGCUGGGGGACGGGGAGGUGCCCUCCAUCGAGUGGUGGGACUCCUACAUCGUGGCCUCCACCGUGGAUCUGACGGAAACAUUUACCUUUGAGGACGUGGACUUAUUUGGGGUCACAAAUCUGGUGGAGCAUCCUACUCAAAUCAGUCCCCCAGUGGACACUGACAGACCCGUGACUCUGGGGGUGUACCUCACCAAGCAGGAGCAGAAGAAACUGAGGCGACAGACGCGCAGAGAGGGCCAGAAAGAGCUGCAGGAAAAAGUGCGACUGGGACUCAUGCCGCCACCUGAACCCAAAGUGCGCAUCUCUAAUCUGAUGCGAGUCCUGGGAACAGAGGCUGUGCAAGACCCCACCAAAGUGGAGGCCCACGUCAGAGCACAGAUGGCCAAGAGACAGAAGGCCCACGAAGAGGCCAACGCAGCCCGCAAGCUGACCACGGAGCAGAGGAAAGAGAAGAAGGUGAAGAAGCUGAAGGAGGACCUGAGUCACGGAAUCCACAUCGCAGUCUACCGGAUCAGAAAGCUAACUAACCCAGCCAAGAAGUUCAAGGUGGAGGCCAACGCCAAUCAGCUGUACCUAACGGGGACUGUGGUUCUGCACAGAGACGUCAAUAUAGUGGUAGUGGAAGGAGGUCCUAAAGCCCAGAAGAAAUUUAAGAAAUUGAUGCUCAGUAGAAUCAAGUGGGAGGAGCAGACCCACUCCAGAAGAGAAGACCCCGAGGGUUCUGACGAUGAGGGCCUGAAGAAGAACAAGUGCUCGCUGGUCUGGGAGGGCACGGCAAAGGAGCGAAGCUUUGGGGAGAUGAAGUUCAAGCAGUGUCCCACACAAAACAUGGCGAGGGAGCACUUCAAGAAGCACAGGACGGAGCAGUACUGGGACCUGGCCCUCAGCGAGAGCGUGCUGGAGUCCACUGACGACUGAGGGCCGCGUUUUAGGGCCCGAUUGAAAGGGGGGGGGGGGGGGGUUUGUCUGAAGGGGAAGGAAGGGUGAAGUCAUGCGGGUGGGACUAAAGGACCCAUAGAUAAAUAGACUACUGGGAUACCUUGUAGGUCUGUGUGUGUGAUAUAAUUGGAGGCCGUUGUUGUGUUCUAGUGCUCUAGAAUGUAGGUGCAACUUUAUUAUUAUUAUUUGAAUUUUUUUUUUUUUUGUUGAGACUGUGACUGUCCACAUUGUGUGAGACUAUGAAUGCAUGUGUGUGGAUCUGUAUGGGUGCAUCACCCUGACACUGGAUUCUGUGUGACUGCUGGCCUCACCUUCCUCAUGUCCUGGCUUGGCUGUAAUGUCCGUUUGACGCCGUUUCCAGAACAAUACGUAGACAAAACAAUCCCAAGUGUUAUUUAGAGAGGGGUUGUCUCAUUCCACUGUCCUGAAUUUGAACCUGUCUGCACAUUACUGAUCUAAUGGUACAACUGUAUUAUAGGGUGAAAUGCCUCAGUUAAAAUCAUUAUUUGUACUAGAGUCAUUAUUUUUCAUAUGACCAAUUCUGCAGUACGUGGCCUCAAUAGAUGCUCUUCAGUUCAUAGAUGCCGAUAAGGGAACUCAAGGGCUAUCGGGUGCUCAUUCCACACAGGUGUAAAGAAAACAAAAUGAAAAGGAAAAUAGAAAUUUCAGUGAGUGAAGGGAGGAUUUCCAGUGUGGUUAGUGAAAUAUGAGCUCAAAGUGGCUCAGUGAACUAAAAGGCUGCUUCAUUUGGUAGCAGCUCUAAAUAAAGUACUGAAUUUGCUUUGCAUGGAAAUGACCUAAAAAAAUAUAUAAAAACAACCCAGGAAAGGCUUACCCAUAACAUGUUGCCACACAUUGAUGGGAACUGCUGUAAGGGUGCACAUUUCCAAUUAUAAUUGACAAAAACGGUAAACGUGUUUGUUUAAUACGUGUAAAUGAUCCAAAUAAACCUAUUGUUGCCCAUA